AUGUCCGGCUACGACCAGUACAACCAGGGUGGCUACGGCCAGCAAGGUUACGGUCAGCCUCCGCAGGGUUACGGCCAGCAGGGCUACGGUCAGCCUCAGCAGGGUUACCCCCCUCAGCAAGGCUAUGGUCAGCAGGGUGGUUCUGCCGACUACUACGGCCAGCAGCAGCACCAGCAGCCCCAGGGCUACGGCCAGCAGGGUGGCGCAUCUGACUACUACGGUGGCCAGCAGCAUGGCGAGCAGCAGUACGGCCAGCAGCACGGCCAGCACCAGGGUGGUUACGACCAGCAGCAGCAGGGUGCCCCCGGUGAAGCUCAGGAGGGCGAGCGUGGUCUCGCCGGUGCCCUCGCUGGAGGUGCUGCCGGUGGCUUCGCCGGCCACAAGGCUAACCACGGAUUCCUUGGAACAAUUGGUGGUGCCAUCAUCGGUUCCAUUGCUGAAGAUGCCGUCAAGAAGCACCGCGGGAACAGCCACUCUCCCAACCACCAGGGCCCUCCCCACGGUGGCCCUUACGGCGGUGGCCCUCCUUCCCACAACGGUAGCAGCGGCUCCAUGAUGGACCAGCUCGGUGGCUUCUUCAAGAAGUAA